AUGAGUGCCCGUCCCAUCCUCCGCGUCUCGCGCCUCUGCACUCGCUGCAGCAGCAGAAGUCACUACAGCACAGGAACCAGCAGCAGCAGCAGCAGCAGCACCACCACCACCACUCCCCCCAUGCUCCUCAAGAUCCGCAAAGACAUGAAGACCGCCCUGCAAGCCAAAGACACCCCGCGCCUGACCGUCCUCCGCGCCCUCCUCGCGCAGACGCUCAACGCCUCCAAGACGGCGCGGCCCAUCGCGAGCGACGCCCAGGUGCUCGCCCUCCUCCGGAAGUCCGCCGCCGCCGCCCGCGCCGCCAGCGCCGAGUUCCGCCAGAACGCCCGCCCGGACCUCGCCGACAAGGAGGACCGCCAGGCCGCCAUCAUGGAGGAGUAUACCGACGCCGUGCCCGCCGUGGGCGAGGACGAGGUAAGGGCUGCCGUGCAGGCCGUGCUGGACGCGCUGAGGGCCGAGGCCGGGGGCAAGGAGCUGAAGAUGGGCGAGGUGCUGAAGAAGGUUUUUGCGCCCGAGGUGCUGGGGGAGAAGCCGGUGGAGAAGGGGGAUGUGGCAAGGAUUGUGAAGGAGCUGAUGAAGUAG